AUGCGACUUGUACCGAACCGGCAAAUGAGCAUAACUCACCAUUCACAGAAGCAAGAAGAAGUAGUGAGGUGGAGGGAAAAGAAAAACUUGCUGCAAGGAGAAAAUUCUCUCCAAUUUGUAGACAGCACCACAAAGCCACGAUUAUACAGUAUCUUCCGUCUCUUCGUCGCACUAAUGGCUGCUUUGAGACGGUCUAAAAGACUGUCAGAGAAAGGCGAUACGUCAGAAAUAUUCUCUUCACAAGCUGUUCGACGCCGAUUUUCCUCACAAAAGAAGCAGAGAGGGUCAACGAAAAAAGUUUCAUGCGUCGACUAUCCCAAAGCCACAUCGGCCACACCAUUGGUGGACCCCAAAUCAGGACGGCACCAAUCCACCUCAGCAAAUACACGAGCCGUCCCGAGAUACCCAGCGACGUCCCUAGCUUCUAGAAAUCAAGGCAACUGGGAUCGCAGAUUAGAAGAUACAAUACAUGUUGUGGUGACUAGCCCGGAAUUACGCGAUGCAAAAGCGAAAGACGAGAUCUACAUGCGGAGUGAAGCAUUAAGCGGCAAUGAGCUCAGCUUGGUCAAAACGUUUCAGAGUUUUGCGUAUGAAGAUCCCCUACAUGAUAAUGGUGAUCAUGAUGAUGAGGUCACAGAGGGGCUGCUGCUGGCGGAUAAGCAUAAUGGACUGGAUAUCUUCGUUCCGGGUCAAGUUACUGUUCUGCAACGGCGACUCGCGGGUAUGCUUGUCCUCCUGAGUGGAUGUAGCCGUUCUUUGCUGGGAUUAAGCAGCCUUCUUGAUUUGUUCAAAGAUAGCAUAGCAACAGGAAAAAUGCAUAUGAAGGAAUGA